AGAAUGCGGGUUCAAAUCCAACGUCUUGGGGGCACCAUCUGCAGGAGACGGGCCGUUGGGCUGAAGGCCCUCAGUCACUGACUGUACCCCCGCAUCCCCAAGGCUUUCCUCCUCCUCAACCCCCAUGUCUGCAGCAGCAGCACAUCGGCCAUCGUCCCGGUGGCCGCAGCAUGUCCGGCCCAGCGUUUGGGUUCUCGGCCGGCGACUUCAUCGCUGCGGUCGGCCUGCUCGUCAGCGUGACUAACGCCCUUAAAGACACCGGCGGGGCAUCUGACGAGUACCGCAGUCUGGUACGGGAGCUGCGCCUGCUGGAACGCGUCCUCAAGCAACCGCACGUUAGGCAGGGGGCCCAGGGCGUCUUUUCGGCAGACAUCACGCAGCAGACCGACCUAACCCUGGACACCCUGAGCGGCUUUCUUGAGACUAUAUCCAAGUUCGAUGCGAAGCUCGGGCCGCAAGCGGCAUCCGGAUGGCACCACGGUGUCGCGAGGAAGACGCAAUGGGCCGUAGCGUAUGCCAAGGAGGUUGAGAAGUUGCGGGUGAAGCUUGGAACGCAUUUGACCGAGCUGAACAUGCUGCUUCAGCUUUACGCGAGCGCAAGAGUCCAAGCACUUGCAACGACAUUGGCCGAAGUUCCUUCAGCGAUACAGGCACAAGGUCGGCAGAUCCUAACUUGGCAACAAGACACAUCGACCAAGAUCGACAACCUGGACUCAGAUAUUCAAAGCCUGGGCACCUCCCAGGAAGCCGUCUUGAACCAGCAGCAUUCAGUCGUUCUCGCUCAGUUUCAAGCUACCCGCGACGAUAUCCAGCAAGGUAACGGCCGCAUUGCAGCACUCGGCGGCAGCAUGGAAGCUCAGACUCAACAACUAGCCGGCUUGAGUCAAGACGUUCGAAGCUAUCACACCACCAUUGGGACACGCGUGCAGGAAGCCUCUCAGGGGAUGGAACUGCUGUCGAGGAAGUCGGAUCUCAUUCUGCACGCCAUUUCCAAGCCCCACCGUAACAACAACAGAGAAAGGCAGAUGAUGAACAGGGAUGACCAAGAUGAGGUCCUUGUGCUCCUUUUUCGAUUACUCCGCGCCGUUGCAAAGUCAAUGGGCGACUUAUUCAUAAAAGCCGGACUUCUUCUCCCGUUCGUCCUGUCGGCCGUCGAGACCCUGACAAACACCGUACGGCGGGAGCCAUAUCUGCUGGCAGAAGAUAGUAUAAACUAUACGGACAUGCGCGGAAGAAAGUAUACGAUGCAGUACGAGUACUUCCAGCAGUGGUCGAAGUUUGAACGGUUUUUCAUUAACCAGGCGCACGAGCUGGUCAAUGGGCUAGAGGAGCGCCCCGCCCCUUUCCGCGUCAAGGGCAGAAUCUUUUUAAAACUGGUCAGCAGCCGCGGGUCCUAUAUAUUACCGCUCGAAUCCGACAACCAGUGGGAGGUUGCCCCGGGCGAUGCGUUUUCGGCAAAACUAACACUCACCAAUCGUGUGUGGCAUCAUCCCCGAGGGGAGGUUACGAGGACGAGAUCAUAUGUUUUUGUUCUAUCACUGUUGCCACCAGAGGGUACCAACGAUCCCUGGCUCAGCCAGUUGGGGCCAAGAGAAUAACACCCUCGUAACUCGGUAGCCACCGUUAGUAUUAUCAAAUCCACAUGAAAGAUGACGGCAAAAACAGGUCAGACGCCCGGUCCUUUCCCAUGUGCAGGCGGCUGCCAGCAUCGAGAUAGAAGAAACGGAACGUAAUAUUGAAAACCCGCCGAGUAAAUGACUCAUAGGAGGCGAAGAGAAAAGCUUGGAAUCGAUUUACCUUACGUAUUAGCAACAAGUGUGUAAACAUCUCCAACCUAGUUACCUGUAGGAUUGCAUCGAGGGUGCUUUCUACAUUAAUAUAUGUUGUGUCCAGUCAUCAUACAAGAGGAGCGAGAGGUGCAGUUAUUCGUCUCCAUUCGGACCAACAAGAG